AUGUUCCUGGUGGGGCUCUCGGGUGGCAUCGCGUCGGGGAAGAGCACGGUGGUGGCCGUGCUGCGGGAGCUGGGCUGUGCCGUGAUCGAUGCCGAUGGCAUUGCCAGAGAGGUGGUGCAGCCCCACUGCAAGGCCUAUCAGCAGAUUGUGAGCUCCUUUGGCGCUGAGAUCCUCCUGGAGAACGGGGAGAUAAACCGCGAGGCUCUGGGGAACAUCAUCUUCUCCCAGCCGGAGAAACGGCAGCUGCUGAACUCCAUCACCCACCCCGAGAUCCAGAAGGAGAUGCUGAAGCAGAUCUUGAAGUACUUUGUGUUAGGCUACCGCUAUGUUAUCCUCGACAUCCCUCUGCUCUUUGAGACCAACAGGCUGACCAAGUUCAUGAAGUACACUGUCCUGGUCUACUGCGACCCCCCGACGCAGCUGGCACGGCUGAUGCGCAGGAACGGGCUGGGGCGGGCGGAGGCCGAGGCUCGGCUGGCAGCCCAGCUGCCGCUGGAGGAGAAGCGCAGGUUGGCCUCCUGUGUCAUCGACAACUCCGGGGAGCGGGAGGCCACCCGCCGGCAGGUGCUGCGGCUGCACGCCCGCCUGGAGGCUUCCCUGCACUUCCUCUGGGCACGCCUGGCAGUGAGCGCGCUGGCAGCCGGCCUUGCGGCGCUGGGCUACCUCCUGCUCCGGCGUCUCAGCUCUUAA